AUGCUCGUCCUCCAGCGCCUUCGCGAGACACCCGACUACUACGAGAUGAAGCGCCUCUUCGUCGAGACCUAUCACCACUUUGUCGAGCGGUCCAGCUACCACACGAACAUGUUCUCGUGGGCGUUCAGCCUGUUGUUGUUCAAGGAGUACCACAACGUCCUGUUGACGCUGCUGACCAUCACCGGGGCGCUGUUCACGCUGACUAGUGUGUUGAUCCGCUUCGAGAUCCUGGCCGGCUCGAUGACGGACCAGCUGAUAGGUCAGCCGGAUGUUGUCCAGAAGUGCCUUCUCCGCGCCACCGUCGCCGGCGGCUUCAUGCUGAUGCUAUGCAUGUCCCAUCGGCAUGGUCUCCUCUACCUCGAGGCCUUCUACAAGUACGGGCUGGUGACGAUCGUCGGCUGCAUCAUCCUCAUCGAGCUUGUCCUCAUCCUCAUCUACCGUCCAUUUCGCGUCUUUGCCAACCUGAACGCGAUGCAGUUGAGCUGGCCGUCGGUGCGCCGCUCGCUCCGCCUCCGCACCGCCUUUGAGAUGGCCAACCUCGUGCUAGUCUACAGCUGGGUGCUUCUCCCAGUCUUCAUCGGCACGACGGUCAUCUACAACGUCCAGGAGCCGCUCACCUUCGGCGGGCACUUUCAGAAGGAGGCCAAAUGGAUCGGCCUUCUCGUGGCCCUGUUCGUCAUGUCGCCGACGUUGAUCAUCUUCACCAAGCGGAUGUACUGGCGAUACCAGAACCAGACGGCGUGGCGUAUGGAGUGGGCACCGGUGCGUCGACUGUGGGGCCCGAGGAUUGUCACUGACAGAACCCUGGCCACCCACGUCGAGCUGGAAUUCGGGAUCACCGAG